UAAAAUAUCACUCGUUCUCACUCUGAAAGGUAACAUAUGCUCUUCAGUGUAACCUUGAAAAUCCAAGAUGUUCCUUUUUCUGGGACUUCUGGUGUCUACCAUCCAUUUAUCCCUUGCUUUUAGUCUUGGACACUAUACUUAGUAAAUAAAAUCCGCCUUUAUACUGACUCGCCCAUAAGCCAAUGGCAACUAACAAGGAAUGCUCAAUUGCCUAAUCUUAGAAUGCCGAACUGGAAGGAAUUGCAUAAGGAAAUCCUGUGCGAAAUAUUUAAGGAACUUAGAUCCAACUUUAGCAGGCAGGAUUUAGUGGAAUGUCAGCUUGUCUGCAAGAACUGGCAGAAAUACGCAAGCCUGAUCUUUUAUCGUGAAAUCAGCUUUCGUGAACAUUUACAAAUGGAAAAAUUCAUAAAAUGUAUGCAGAAUAAUAACCUGAGAAACCUUGUUCAGGAAAUAGCUUUUUGGUACGAUAAAUAUGAUAAAUGUCAGCACGAUGAAAGGACAAUUUCACUUUUCUAUGAACUCGCCGAGACGUGUCCAAACGUACAAAUAUUUAAAGGUACCCUUCGUACCAGCCAUUGGGAUGCUCUUGGAAGAGCUGUAGGAAGUUAUUGGAAACAGUUGAAGCAACUUCCUGAACCAGAAUGGUCUAUAUACAGUCAUCAGAAUACUUUUACGAAUUAUUAUACGCUCGCGUCCGUUUGUCACAGCACUCUCACUCACGUUACUUUGCCACCUAUACCUCCGUCUUGGCCAGAAUUUAAAAGAGUUCUUCCUCUGCUACCAUUCUUCAUAAAUUUGACACAUCUAACAGUUAAUUCUGACUAUAUUGGUUCUACCCUCAUGGACUAUGAUGAGGUUAUUCAGCAAUGCCCCAACUUGAUGUGUUUUACAUUAAACUCAAACAAAAAAAUAAUUGAAAGGGCUCAUGACUACACGAAAUAUUAUAAUGUACUUUCUAUGCGACCUCACCUCAAACUUAAAAAACUUGUGGUAGAAAGAGAUCUUCAUCAAGAUAUUAUUGACUAUAUCAUGCACAAGUUUCCCAAUCUGGAAUGCUGUAACGUACACCUAUCUGUUAAUGACGAUCUUCUUCACUGUGUUAGACCCUGGAUAAGGAGUUGUUACGAAGAAAAGCUACGAAGAUUCCAGGAAUACCUAAGCAGCAGAAGGUGCGACUGGUUCUUCACUCAUGUAUCAUUUCCUCUGAUUGAAGAAUACCUGCAGCGUACUACAAAUCCUAUUGUACGAAUUUCUUCUACAGAAAAACAUUCUCCAUGGCUCCAUAUGCAGCAAGAUAAUAUGUUCUGGAUUAUUCGUAAUACUGCAAUGAACACUGAUAGACUAAAAGAACUAUUCAAAAAAUACCAAAAUGGCAUCAAAGUGGCUUACUUGGAUAUGUCUUAUGGUUUUGGAGAAAAGCAUCUAAUAGAAGACAUUUUUAGGGAAUGCAGAGGAUUAGAAAAAUUCACUUACAAAAAAAUCGGUAUGGACUAUUCAAAAACCAAUUUUCCGGUCGCAAAUCAGACCUUGAGCCCUUCAUUGACCACACUGAAGCUGAUUGCCAAAUUCAUAACAUCAGAAGUACUAUCUGCUUACUCGUGCGCUUUGCCAGAACUACGCAACGUGACUAUUGAAACCACCUACAGGUUUGGCAAUCCACCCUCGUUUGUAGUGGAUAUGCCUAAAACCAAGUUCAAUCAUUUGAAAUUAUAUCUUGAUAUUGGUUUAGCCAUGAUUAAAAAGCUAAACGGUUCGAUCAAAGAAGCACUUGAUAAACCAGUUCUCUUAGAAAUUUCGCAAGACUCGGACCAAAAGCAAUUUUUGGCAAACACUACUUUGUUAAAUCAGGUUGAAGAAUUUGUCAUGGCAGCCAACAAGGGAUACGGAUAUAGUAUUGUUAUUAAAUGUACCUCUAUUGACUUUAUCAGUAUAUCAUUUAACGAGAUGCAUAUUCUUAAAGAAUACCCAUUGUCUUUAAAAGUUAAUAUGUCAUAAAGAGCAUUUAUUCUACGUC